UCUCUUCCGGCAUAGCCGGAAGUAAACAGAAGGAAUAAGAAGAUUGUUUUCAGAAUGACAAUGUCAUUGCGGAGAUGGAUUGUUAUCGUCUCCUCUCACAUGUCUAAUGUGUGACCAUAGGACACUGAUCUAAUUUCGAACAAAGAGUAGCUUUGUUGGGAGAAACGUCCCGAAAGUGCCCGUACCGUGAGGACAGGAUGGCGAGUUAUGUGGAUUUCCACACACAGUUGGCAUCCAUCAUGGAGGUGUUAGCUAACGCGGCAGUGGCAGAGAUCUGUCAGCUUGUGGACGAUGGGUUUGCCACACUGAGGCUGGAAAUUUCCCGGAGUCAGAGGGAGAACCUGGCCCUGAAGACCAGACUGCAGCUAAUGGAGGGUCGUUCUGGAGAGCAGUCCCACAGAGAACGCACAUCACCUCCACUGCUGACGAACUGCACCAGGACAGAUCGUCUCCUUGGAGAAGACAGCACUGCCAUUGCCAAAAGAAUAGUCAAGUCAGCCAUGUUGGAGAACACUGACGCUCAGCAGUCACAGCCGGUGGUUGUGACGGAGCAUCUGGUGGAGCCGGAGGAGGCUGUUGUGGUAAAGAAGGAGAGACUGGAGGAGGAGCUGACAGGCUGCAGCAUGCUAGAAGACCAUCAGACAACUCUGAGCAGCAUCAGCACUGGACUUCCAUCGGUCUGCCUUACUGCUCAGGGCCACUAUGUUCUCAGUGUUGAAGCAGAGGUCCCCAGAGUCAGUGCGUCAGCUCAGUUUGAGAAAGAAGACUCUGCUGCACCUGAAGCUCUGCAGCAGGUUGAGAGAGAGGGAGUGAGACAGGCCACUACUCUGAAUGGCUACUCUCAUCCAGCAGACCAAAACCACCAGGGAACACCAGGUUUUGGUCCAAACAGGGCCAGGGAAAUGACAGACUUGACCAAAGACGAACAUGUUGCGGAUCCCAGCAACCCUCUGUCUGCUCAGUUCACUAGUAGUCGAGUUCCUGAGGUAGAGACUCCACUGGACUCAGAGCUGUCACUGACAGACACUGGAGUGAAGAGUUUAUGUUGUGCUGCAGAAGACUCGAAGGAGGGGGCAGGUUCAACAGCAGUCAAACUGGAGGCUGAAACUUCAUGGACACAGAGUUUUUUAGUCUCUGUCAACAGAACUGAAUGUCUGAGUAACAGCAAAGUGACUAACAGUCAGCACACAGAGAGUGAAUUAGCAGAGCUGGACACCAGCAGUUUGGAGUCUUCCUCUUUCGAUGACCUGUUCUCCUCUCCAGAGGUGGCCGGGUCUCUGGCGGAUCCUCACAAACACUCCACAGAGGCAGUCGCUGGCAUGGAGGAGCCACUUUCAUCCUCGUCUUUUCCUUUCCUGAGCAGCUUUGGCGGCUCUUCUGUGUCCGACUCUGUGACCGCCUCCUCCUUCACUUACUCCUCGUCUGACUCCAAGAACCGAAGCUUUCCCAGCAGGACAGAACAAGUGUUCAGCUGCCAGCAGUGUGCCUGUCUCUUCUCCACCUCCAGAGACCUGGUGGUGCAUCAGCACUCCCAUGCUGGGGAGAGGAUCUACCACUGCCAACUCUGUAAGAAGCCCUUCCUCCACCCGCACCAGCUGAAAACCCACCAGCGGGUGCACACUGGGGAAAAACCAUUCAGCUGUGCUCAGUGCGGGAAGCGCUUCUCCCAGUCCAGCCACAUCAAGAGACACAUGAGCGUCCACACGGGGGAGAAGCGCUACUGCUGCGGCCUGUGUGGGAAACGCUUCUCACAGGCCUGUAGCCUCAAGGUGCACCAGGCGGUCCACACUGGAGAGAGACCCUACAGCUGCACUAAGUGUGGCAAGAGUUUCUCUGUGCUGGGAAACCUGGUCCGCCACCAGAGUGUCCACAUCAGCAAGUGAACGCACACAGAAGCACAUGUAUCAUGUGCAUAUGAAACCAGUAGGGCUCGUCAUAGUGUCGGACAGGAAGUCUUUAGCACACUCAGAAUUGUCCUUUAUAUUGUUAUUUAUACAUCUCAUGUUUACAAUAAAAUACUGUCUCCAGGUGACUGUUUGGUCAGUUUUAAGUAUGUCUGUAUGUGUGACUAAAUACACUAUCCUGAAUGUUUUUUUGCAGAAAAAAAGUACAAUUGCAACAUGAAAGACCAUAAAAUGGCACCUCUUCUUCUACCUCAUUAAAAAUUGUAUAAUAUAUAAGAAGUUUUGCUGGACACAAGAUGUCUGCUCCUUGAAAAGUUCUUUUGUCUGUGCAUGUGCACUGGAGGCUUCAUGGUUCCACAUCACACUUGUGUAUGCUGAAUAUUGGACUAUUUAUCAUGUCACAACUUCUGUUGGUAGGCUCUGCCUCUAAGAAUCAGAGUUCAAUGAGCACACAAAUCUGAAACUAAGCAAAUGGAAUUAUGAUUUUUUUUUUAUCCAUGCUGUUGUGUUUGAGCAGUCAUAAAAUAAAUGUUUGUUGUCUUUUUUUGUAA